AUGCCGAGCCGGAGAAGUGACUCUGCCAUUAAGCUAAUUACAUACUCCGAGGAGCUUGUGGAUGGAAAACCGUUCUUUGCUUUUUCCAAUUGUCUCCCUGUGAAGGCUCUAAACCGUGAGCCUGCUGGUCAUGCCUUCCAUUCUGCUGCUCUUAAACUUUAUGGUUGGGCAGAGGAAACCACAGACAGUGAAGGUGGUGAAAAGAAAGCCGGAGAUGAGAAAGAGAAGGAAUACGUUCCUUCGUUCAGCUCGUACGCCAACAAAGGAAAGAAGAAGUCUGGUGCGCAGCAGAAAGACCACUAUGCGUUGUUGGGUUUGAGCAAUCUGAGGUAUCUUGCAACAGAAGAUCAGAUUAGGAAAAGCUAUCGUGAAGCUGCGCUCAAGAAUCAUCCGGAUAAACUCGCUUCUCUCCUUCUGUUAGAGGAGACAGAAGAAGCCAAGGAGGCCAAGAAAGAAAAGAUUGAAUCUAAAUUCAAAGCAAUUCAAGAAGCUUAUGAGGUAUUGAUGGAUCCAACGAGGAGAAGGAUUUUUGACUCCACUGAUGAGUUUGACGACGAGGUCCCAACAGAUUGCUCGCCGCAAGACUUUUUCAAGGUGUUUGGUCCAGCUUUCAAGAGAAAUGCUAAGUGGUCAGUGAAUCAGCGUAUACCAGACUUGGGAGAUGAGAACACAAAGAUUAAAGAAGUUGACAAGUUCUACAACUUCUGGUACACUUUCAAGAGUUGGAGGGAGUUUCCUGAUGAAGAGGAGCAUGAUCUUGAGCAAGCAGAUUCCCGUGAGGAACGGAGGUGGAUGGAGAAGGAGAAUGCGAAAAUGACUGUGAAGGCUAGAAAGGAGGAACAUGCUCGGAUCAGGACUCUUGUUGACAAUGCAUACAAAAAAGACCCAAGAAUUGUGAAAAGAAAGGAGGAAGAAAAGGCUGAGAAGCAACAGAAAAAAGAUGCGAAGCUUCUGGCCAAGAAGAAGCAGGAAGAGGAAGCCGCUAUAGCUGCUGAAGAAGAGAAAAGGCGGAAAGAAGAUGAAGAAAAACGAGCAGCAGAAUCUGCACAACAACAGAAGAAAACUAAGGAGAAGGAGAAGAAGCUCUUACGCAAAGAAAGGGGUCGCCUCAGAACUCUCUCAGCUCCUCUUGUAGCUCAGGGUCUGCUUGAGAUCACCGAGGAAGAUAUAGAGAACCUAUGCACGUCCCUUAACACCGUGCAGUUGCAGGAUCUAUGUGAUAAGAUGGGAAACAAAGAGGGACUAGAAUUGGCAAAGGUGGUCAAAGAUGGGUGCAACAGUAGUAGAAACCAAGAAGCUGACUCUAAAGAAAAAGAAAGUGCAAAAGCCAACGGUAGCGCAGAGCCUACAAACCGAGUUGCUUCGUCAGAUAGCAGCAGUCAGAAGAAACAACCAUGGAGCAAGGAAGAGAUUGAUAUGCUGAGGAAAGGAAUGAUCAAAUAUCCGAAAGGGACUUCUCGGAGAUGGGAAGUAAUCUCAGAGUAUAUAGGUACAGGAAGAUCCGUAGAGGAGAUUCUGAAAGCAACUAAAACAGUGCUUCUACAGAAACCAGACUCCGCAAAAGCAUUCGAUUCUUUCCUUGAGAAUAGGAAAUCCUCUGCUUCAAUCGCGUCCCCUCUCUCCACAAGAGAGGAGUCCGGAGAGUCUCUACCUGCGGGGACCACAACGAAGGCAAAACCGGUUAAGGAAGCUGUUGUGGGUCAAAGCUCAGACAACAAUGGUGAAGCAAGUGGAAGUACAGACGCAGAUGCUUGGUCGGCUGUACAAGAAAGAGCUUUGGUUCAAGCUUUGAAGACAUUCCCUAAGGAGACUAGCCAAAGAUGGGAGAGAGUAGCUGCAGCUGUUCCUGGGAAAACGAUGAAUCAAUGCAAGAAGAAGUUUGCAGAGCUUAAGGAACUCAUCAGAAGCAAGAAAACCGCAGUCUAA